AUGAAUACGAUACGAUUCACAGCGGCUUUCCUGCUGUUCGUCUUCACUAUCGAUUCUACCCAUGGACAGUACAACAGGACGUCAGCACGAGGUGUUAUAGGAUCAGUACAACGUGGAGACAUUUCAUCAUCAGAUGGAUUAACUUAUCAUGGGCCCAUGAGAAUAAUCGCAAGGCCUAGAGGUCCAUUCCCAAAGAGACGUCAUCCGUGUGAGCAGAGUUCUUGUUAUCCGGCGACAGGAAAUCUGCUGAUAGGAAGAAAAGACCGUUUAUCUGCGUCAUCAACUUGUGGUCUUAAUGGCCCAGAGAGAUUCUGUAUAGUGUCUCAUUUGAAAGACAGAAAAAAAUGUUUCUUCUGUGAUGCUUCUAAUCCAAAACAGCAGCAUAAUAUUACUAACAUUGUUGGAGGUCCAUCACGUCGUUUAUGGUGGCAAGCAGAAAAUGGGGUUGAGAAUGUAACGAUAUCCUUUGAUUUAGAGGCAGAAUUUCAUUUCACCCAUUUGAUAAUACGUUUCCAAACGUUUCGACCGGCAGCAAUGUUGAUCGAACGGUCACAUGACUUUGGAAAAACCUGGCAAGUGUACAGAUACUUUGCACACAAUUGUGAGCAAUCGUUUCCUGGUGUUCCAACUCACCAGCCAGAGAAAUUAACAGACGUUAUAUGUGAAUCACGUUACUCAUUUGUCGCUCCAUCGACUGGCGGUGAAAUAAUAUUCCGUGUACUGCCGCCAAAUUUGCAAGCUGUAAUAGACAAUCCAUAUUCAAAAGAAGUUCAGAAUUUAAUGAAAAUGACAAACCUGCGUAUCAAUUUCACAAGAUUGCACACUCUCGGUGAUGAUUUACUGGACGAUAGACCGGAGAUUAGGGAGAAGUAUUAUUAUGCCGUGCAGGAUAUGGUGAUCCGUGGUUCUUGUUCAUGUUAUGGUCAUGCUUCCGCCUGUCUUGAGUUGCCGGGAAUAGCUAAUGAGGAUGAAAUGGUACAUGGACGCUGCGAAUGUACGCACAACACCAAGGGAUUGAAUUGUGAAACUUGCCAGGACCUUUACAACGACGGGCCAUGGAAACCUGCAGUUGGUAAACAAACGAACGCUUGUCGUCGUUGUAAUUGUAACAAUCACGCUCACUCUUGUCACUUUGACGAAGCUGUUUACGAAAAAUCCGGCCGGAUUUCUGGAGGAGUUUGCGAUGAUUGCCAGCACAAUACUCGUGGACAGAACUGCGAGCAAUGUAAACCUUUCUUCUAUCAUGACACUACCAGAAAUAUAACUGACCCAGAAGCAUGCCAGCCGUGCGAUUGUGACCCUGGAGGUUCUUUGGACGAUGGAAUUUGCGAUCCACGAACUGAUGUACUGACUGGCGAAGAGUCAGGUCGGUGUCACUGUAAGCCAAAUGUCGAAGGUCGUAGAUGCGAUAGAUGUAAGAACGGAUUCUGGAACUUUGAUCCUGAAAAUCCAGAUGGUUGUCAAGCAUGUACUUGUAAUAUUCUGGGUACCAUUGACAACCAAGGCUGCAACCAAGUAACUGGAGAAUGUACGUGUAAGCGAUACGUCACUGCACGUGAUUGUAAUCAGUGCUUACCGGAAUACUGGGGACUGUCCGAUGAUCAUGACGGCUGCAAGCCUUGCGAUUGUGAUCUUGGUGGUUCAUACGAAUCUACCUGUGAUGUUCUCACGGGCCAGUGUCGUUGCAGACCUCACGUCGGCGGUAGAACUUGUGAUCAGCCCGAGCAGAGUUACUACACCGGAUCAUUAGAUUUCUUGGUUUAUGAAGGAGAAUUGGCAGGCGCUACUGAUAACUGCCAAGUGGUGAUUAGAGAGCCAUACAGAGAUGGAAGAGACAAUACUUGGACUGGUACAGGCUUUAUGAAGGCACUGGAAGGUUCAACGAUGAACUUCACUAUCGACGAUAUCAGAAAAUCAAUGUGGUAUGACAUUAUCGUUCGUUAUGAACCAAUUCAUCAAGGUGUAUGGCAGGGCGUGGAAAUACUUGUUGAGCGUGAUGGUCCUCCGGAUCCAUAUGGUCCCUGCGCUAACUGGAGGCAAGAAGAUGACAGACUCUGGGUUGAUUUGCAUGAUAAUACACGCUGGAAGGAAGCAAAUUCUGCUGUUUGUCUUGAAGCUGGAAAAAUUUAUAAAAUAUUAUUAAGCUUCCGGAGAUUCGACCCUCAAGGCGAUCCCAUUCCUGGAGCAGCAAUUCUUAUUGAUUCGAUCGUUUUAAAACCCAAAAUUGAUGAAAUACCUUUCUUCAGUGGUACAAGCCUCGGUGAAUUGCGUAAGCAGGAGUACGAACGGUAUCGUUGUAAUGAAAGAUUUAAUGACGUCAAUGCUGGUAGUCAUGAUGAAAAAAAUGAUAUUUGUACCAAGUAUCACAAUAGUAUUGGCUUCUGGGUCUUUGACGGUGCUCAUGCUUGUGAAUGUAAUCCGACGGGAUCACACAGUUUACUGUGUCAAAACUAUGGUGGAGUGUGUCCUUGUAAAACAAAUGUAGUAGGCAGACGUUGUGACCGUUGUGCACCAGGAACUUACGGGUUCGGACCAAAUGGCUGCACGGCCUGUGACUGUGACGCAGUCGGAGCACUGGACAACUUCUGUGACGUUGAUACUGGACGGUGUAAAUGUCGACCGAAUACUUACGGCAAAACUUGUGGUCAAUGUGAUCCAGGAUUCUGGAACUUCCCUCACUGUCAGCGCUGUGAAUGCAAUGGACAUGCAGAUAAUUGUGACUCACGCACGGGCGCUUGUAUCAAUUGUCGUGAUUAUACAACAGGUCACACUUGCGAUCGCUGUAUUGAAACUUUCUACGGAGAUCCACGUAUUGGCGUCGACAUCCCUUGUCGGGCUUGUCCUUGUCCUGGUACCAUUGACUCCGGUCAUUCAUACGCAGAAAGUUGUUCUCUGGACCCAGUAACCCACGACGUAAUAUGCGAAUGCUUUGAAGGUUACGUGGGAGCCCGUUGUGAAAGUUGUGCUGAAAAUUACUUCGGCGACCCAGAAGAACCAACUGGCAGUUGUACCGCUUGUAACUGUAGUAACAAUGUUGAUCUUUCACGACCAGGAAACUGUGAUCCGCACACGGGACGUUGUCUUCAGUGUCUUUAUGAUACUGAUGGACCCAAUUGCCAGUUCUGUAAGCCUGGAUUUUACGGAAAUGCACUCGAAAAAGAUUGUAGAGACUGUAUGUGUGAUGUAUUGGGCACUACUCAGAUGACUCGCGUUAAGUUUAGUAUCAAAUAA